UUUUGUCUUGUAUGUAGUAUCUCCAUGUAUGUGAGGUAGGAUUUUUUUCCGCAGUUUUCCAUAGUCGUCGAUGGUGAACGGUUUGUACGUCUUUACGCGAUUUUUUUCCUUCACAACGCAACGCAACGCAACGCAACGGCGGUCGUCGCUCCAACCGAUAAAAAUAUGCAUUUGUACGUUUACGAGUAUCUAUAGCCUAUCUGUACGCUCACGCGUGUUGGUUGGUCGGUGUGUUACGAGCGCGAGCGUCUAGCCGAAUCGUGCCGCUGCGCUGCGUCCGGUCGCAGUCGCCGGUCGCCCCGUACGUAUCUUCCGUCCAAAGUUGCCGUCGCCGCGUGUACGUGUACGUGUGUUGGUGAAUAAGUGUAUGUGUGACGAGUGACGUGCAACGUGUUGUAUAGCUGCCGCUAUCGUCGAUUGUGACCGAACGUGUAUCUAUAUAUUGGAUCCGGCGGUAUUCAUUUUUGCCGAGAGUGAAUGAGAAAACCCUCCUACCAGAGCAAGAAGACGCCGACGCCGACGACGACGAAAAAAAAGGGCAAAAUUGCACGGUAAACGAUCGCCGCCGCCGCCGCCGCCGCCACCACCACCACUUGAAACGUGUCGAAUCCGAAUUAUUCGACAAUAACGACCGAAAGGACGAAAAAAAAAACAGGGCGAGCAAAAAAAAGAAACUCCGCAACUGGCAAGGUGUACAAAAAAGUAGAGACGGCGUCAAAAAAUGAAGAAGAAGAAGUAGUAAACCGUACGAAUACUCGGCUCGAACGUAACCAAAAAGGCGUUAUUGCAGAGUGGGUUGGGUUUUGCGGGAACCGGCAUCAGGCACCUUGCCAACGCCUGCGACGCGAUCGUGAUUACGAUAAUUAGCGGAUCGCGCUUUCGACCAAUAUGAUGUUUUGCCGACGUCGUCGCCGUUUUGGUAGAGACGCUGCCGUCAUCGCCAUCGCCAUCGCCAUCGCCAUCGUCGUUGUCGGUGACUUUACCAUCAGCCUCGGCACUGCGCAGUGGUAAAGUGUACGCAUCUGAUCGUGCGCGUGCGCAUGCGCUUAAGCUCGACUAUUGGUUGCUUGACGCCGUAAAUCCACGCGCAUGUCUUUUGGCGCGAUGAAAAAGCUGCCAAAAUCGACGAGACGACGACGCGACGACUACGACUACACUGCUACGUAUGCUACUCGUUUACACCUUAGAUGAGCUGCGAUCAUCGUUGAAACCCGCUCCUCCGAGACGAAAUACUGCCGAAAUAUCGAGUAUUAGGGACUACCUACUCGUAGUAGGUACCUACCUAUAGAUAUACGCGUACGCGUACGCGUACAGAGAGAGACAGAGAGACUCGCGUGUUCGGAAUUGGGUUGGCGAGCCGGCGGUGCGGCGCGGUGCGGCGGUGGAAAUUCGAUGACUAGCGGCGUUGACGGGUACAUCGAAAAUAGCGCCGAUUCCGUAUCGUCGCCCGGAUCACCAAAUGAUUCUCAUCGUCGACAACCGCAAACGCAACCGCAACAACAGCAGCAGCAGCAGCAGCUGUCGCCGCGUCAGCAAAUGAAACACGACGGUAGUGACGGCGGUAUCGGCAGCCUCGCGUCCUAUAAAUACAAAGAGUAUCUUAAUCUCCAUCACCAACAACAACAGCAGCAGCAGCAGCAGCAACAGUUGCAACAGCAACAUCAACAACAACAUCACCAGCAACAGCAGCAUCAUCACCAUCACCACCACCAUCAGCAGCAGCAGCAGCAGCAGCAACAACAACAGCAGUUACAGUUGCAACAGCAUCUUGCCGACUACGAGAACGACAACGACAACGACAACGAUAACGAAGACGUGGACGUGGACGAAACGUCGGCCGGCGUUAGGAUAUCCUCGAAAGGCGUCGGUGUCGGUGUCGGUGUCGGUGUCGGCGUCGGCGUUGGCGGUAUGGUGUUGAGCGGCUCUCCGGCCGAAUUGUAUUACAAACAGCUGAUCGCGGCCAACGUGGCCGUAUUCGGCAAAGCAGCCAAAAUCGGUUUCAACGCUAAUCUGUAUCCGCCUGCUGCGGCAGCGGCCGCCGCUGCCGCCGUUGUCGGCAGAGAAGAUAGACGGCUCGGCGUCGGCGCCGGUGCCGGUGCCGGCGCAAGUGACGCGGACGGCGGCGUCAAUUCACCGUCGGCGGCCGAUGACGAGACCGGCUCCGUUUCGUCUAACGACGAUUCUAAUCAAAUUGAAAACGACAACUUGAUGCAGAAAUCAGCGGCUGCCGCAUUCGUAUGGUCUUCGGAACAAGCACACCAUGGACACAACGUUUCUAGCAUAAGCGGUGCAGGCAGCAACAAGUGUAACAGCGGUGGCGGCGGCGGCGGUCAUACAGUUUCCAACAGUAGCAGCAGCAGCAGUGGAGGCGGCGGGGGUGGAGGUGGAGGCGGUGGCGGUGGCGGCGGCGGUCAACCGCCGGGUUUGGUCCAGCACUGGAUGUCCGUAAUGGCAGAACACAUGAAUAACGCCGCUUCCACUCCCCACCAUCACGAUCCGGUGCACUACAUGUGGAAUGGAGUGGACCAGUGUUCCGGAUCGCACGCCAUCAAGGAUAACGAAUACAACUGGUCGCGUCAGUCCAUCAUGAAGCAAGGUUACGAAGCCAAAAUGAACCAUAAUUCGGAGCAGCAUAAUCAAAAAGGCAGUUCGAGUGGUGGCGGCGGAGGCGGCAGCGGCGGCGGCGGCGGUGGCGUGGAUGAUAAUCCGAUGUCAGCCGGAUCGGUGGCUUCGCCAUCGCCUUUGUACAACGGUGGCGGCGGUGGCGGCGGCGGCGGCGGCGGCAGUGGCUCGGUUCCGGCGCCUAGAUCGCUGAGUAGUGGCGGGAGCAGUUCGACGUCACCGCCGAUCGGCACUCCGGUCUCCGGCUCGCACAUGUUGAUCGUUCCUCACGCCAUAAACGCCACCAAAAUUACCGACGCUCAUCACGUGGUCACCCAGAAUACGUCCGGUCGCAAAUACCAGUGCAAAAUGUGCCCUUCGGGCCAUGCCAGAAAAAGAUGUUACAAGAACUGUAAUGGUUGGACCAAAGUAGACGAUAAAGACAAAGAAAUAUUCUCGUCCAAGUCGGAAUUGCAGUUGCACUCGCAGCUGCAUAUGCGCGAGGUGAAGCCGUACAAGUGCUCGCAGUGCAGCAAAACGUUCGCCAACAGUUCGUACCUGAGUCAGCAUACGCGCAUCCAUCUGGGCAUCAAGCCGUACCGGUGCGAGAUCUGCCAGCGCAAGUUCACCCAGUUGUCGCACCUGCAGCAGCACAUUCGCACGCAUACCGGCGACAAGCCGUACAAGUGCCGGCAUCCGGGCUGCACCAAGGCCUUCUCGCAGCUCAGCAAUCUGCAGAGUCAUUCGCGUUGCCAUCAGACCGACAAGCCGUACAAGUGCAACUCGUGCUACAAGUGUUUCUCGGACGAGCCCUCCCUCCUCGAGCACAUACCCAAGCACAAAGAGUCCAAGCACCUCAAGACGCACAUCUGCCAGUACUGCGGCAAGUCGUACACGCAGGAAACCUACCUGACCAAGCACAUGCAGAAGCACGCCGAACGGCUGGAGAAGAGGCCGCCGGUCGCGCUCGGCAUGACGCGCGCCUCCAUGGUGGACGGCGGCCCGCCGUACUGGGCGGCGGCCGCCGCCAAAAUGUCGCCCGACUCGGCCGCCAACCAUCUGGCCGAGGUGCUCAACCAGCAGGAAGCGGUCGCCUGCGGAAAUAACGAUGGCGGCGGCGGCGGCGGCGGCGACGCCGCUCUGCAUCGCGAAAUGAACGGCGGAGCCGACGACUACGUGCUGCGACUGUCGCAGCACGCGCACGCCGUAGCAGCGGCAGCAAACGCCGCUUCCGGCGGCGGCACGCCGUCUUCGUCGACGCCGUCCGCCUUGUCGCCGCUGCAUCCGCACGAGCCCAUCAUCACGGUGUCGACGACGCCGGCCGGUGCCAUCAAAACGCCCACCUCGUCCGGCUCGUCGGCGUCCGCCUUCACGCCGAUCCAGUCGAUGGGCAUCGGCGCCCACCACCAUCCGCACCACCACCAUCACCAUCCCGGCCACCAUUUGCCGCCGCAUCCGCAGCACCACCACCAUAUAGCGGACCGGGCCGCCGCCUACCUACCGUAUCCGUUCAGCAGCGGCAAAAUGGCGGCGGCCGGCGGCCAGCUCUCCGGCCUCGUCAACAUGCCCAACUCGAUGGACAUGUCCACCAAGAAUUCCCAUCCCAUAUCGUCGAAUCACUUUCAUAAUCAGCUCAUCUCGCUGCAGCAGAUACGCAACUACCAGUCGCCGCUCACCGAGCAAUUUAUGCAAGGAAUCAAAGACAAGAAAGAUUCGAUCUUAUAAAACGCCGACUCCGGCUCUGACUCCGGCUCCGGCUCCUCAUUAGCGGACGCUCGCCACGCGUAUUUUUGUCAUGCCGCCGCGCCGCUUGGUCAGCUCAGCUCAGCUCGAUGUACUCGUAAAUGCCAAGAGUACUCUGCAGUUUCGACGACUUGGGUUUGUUGAACGUUACGCGUUAAUUAUUUUGGUUGUGCAUUUUUUUUAACUCGCCCUUUUUCUUCUUGCCCUCCCUCCCUCCUCCUUCUCUUUUUCCCUCCUUUUUCCCCCCGCCAACUUUUACGAAUGUAGUUUACGUUUUCUAUUUUUGUCCCCCGUCUUACCAAUACGUUUGUUUUGUUUUUUUACGCGUUUAUUUGUACGUACGUUCUUUUGUGUGUUUUUUUUUUUAAAUUAUUUUUAGCUCGCGCAUUUGUUUACAUACAUACUUAUAUAUUUUGUUUCGUUUUAUCGUACUUGCUUGAUUUUGAGUGUGUGUGUGUGUGUACCCAGAGACCUAAGUAUCCUUCUCGACGAACGCUAAUUAAGGUCUUUUUGUUUUAUUUGUUUUAUUGUUUCGUUUUUCCUAUAUCAUUUUUUUUCUCGUCUGGCGUUCGCUUUCGUCAGUUUGUUACGAAUAUGUGUAGAGACGUAAACUUGGAUAGGUAUCUUUACCGUUUUUUUAAAAUUUUUUAUUAUUUUUUUUUUACCAUGAUCAAUACGUACUUACUCGUAGUAUAUGGGCGCGAUCCGCGAUCGAACGACUACGUAAAUAGCAAUUUUCAUUCGGUCGCGAAUAAGAAUUCUCAACCUGCCUACUCCGAAGUAUCCGCCGCGCCUCCGGGUAAAGACAACAAAAAGUAGACGGUUUAAAUACUGGACUGGAUAAUGAAUUAAUGACGAUGAAACUUUUGUAUGUACGAGUAGUUGUGGAAGUUCUCGAAAAAUUAAACGAAAAAUUGAGAAAUUGCGUCAUUAUCGAUGGCUAAUUAUUGUCGUUAGGUUGUUGGGUAGAGCUACGCGCCUACUCUUCGUCAUCGUCAGCGAUCAGUGUGUCUGUGUAUCAGUGUACCUUUUCGUCGAUCUGCGUGAUUCCCCUCAAUAACGAACCUGAAAGUACGUGUGCGUGUACGCCGUACGGUGGUGUACUCGUAGGUAAUUGUAUUUAAAAAGCAUUCGAAAGGAAAGAAAAAAGAAAAAAAUGAAAAGUAUGCGCGGUUUUUUAUCGGCGUAUCAUCGGUGAUCUCGGCGAAUGCAUUUUUCGAACCAGUUUCUAGCAGUUUGUCCGGUUGUGGUUCUGCUUCUUGUCCAUGAUUUGGCACAUGCGUGUUGUGUUCGCAUCGCAGCACUGUUACUUUUCGUCAAACGAGCCCGUUAAUUAAGAAUUCUAUUUGCGAAGCGGCAACGACGACGACGACGACGACGAAUAAAUAAAUAAAUGAAUUCGUAUAAAUGUACACUGAUACACACACUCGCACAGCCACCAGUCGGAGUACCUGUGGCUGGUGGCUGUAGCCAGUGCCAGUACUCGGCUCGUCCACCGAGCGCUAAGCCGAGAGUCGUUUUCUGUUUUAUAGCCGCAGCCACAGCUACAGCUGGAGAGGACUACACAAGACACUCGUAGUCGUGUCUUGUACGUACUCGUAUCCUAUACACAUUACACUGAUAUCUAUCUACGUUUCUUUUCAGUUUUACCUUCAUUUGUAGGAUAGGCCCCGAGCACCGGGUACCGGGUGGCGGGUACCACCGGUUAGCGGAGAGCUCCCGAAUAAUUUGAGUAUUUGGCAACCGCUCGCGUUCGGUCCGUAUUCCGUAUUUAUUCGCUGAAAUCGUAGCCAUAAAACUCCGCUGGUGCCCGCUACAUUUCUAAAUUUCCGUUCAGUCGUUGAGUAAGGGCGGGCGGGCCGGCCUUCCUUAUCUUGUCUCGUCGAAGCCGACUUCGCUUGUCCGCGAAUUUAGGUUUUUAAUGCAAUUUUGAGCGAUCGCCAAUCUCAACUCUGCGCUAGCUCUUUCUUCAGUUUUUCCUUUUUACCCCCUUUUUUUUGUCCAUCAUUCCGUCUUUGUUAAUUUGCUAUCUGUGUUGCGCUUCCCUCGUUGGCGGCCUUAUCUCGUUGUUUGUUUUUCUUCGUCGUUUUUUUUUUUUUCGUGUUUCGUGUUUCGUGUUAUUUUGUUUUAUUUUUUUAUUAUCAUUAUUACGAUGAUUAUUAUUAUUAUUAUGGUUAUUAUUGUUAGGCUAUUACUUUUUUUGGAUACGCGUUUUUCCUCCCAAAUUAUUCGAAUGCGCGCUCCGGCUCGCGAGCUGUUUGCGACCUGUAAAUUUUUCGUAUCGGAUUAUAUUAUUGAUCUCAUAAAUCAGGUUGAUCUCUUUGCAUAAACGAUGACGACUUUUGAAAUCUUUUAAUUAUUUGUAAUUAUGUCUAUUGUUACGACAAUUAUACGGUUUAAAUUACCUUUACAUUAUUACCUACCUAUUUAUACGUACGAGUACUAUUAUCGAAUUAUCGAUUUAUCGAUUACAAAUUACUAAGUAUUACCUACCUACCUACUUUUAUGUUACGUAUUUUGUCAUUCUUGUUCUUUUUCUCUUUGAUUUUGUUUUUGUUCGUUUCGUUCGUUUUCUCGACUUUUCACUCGCGGCGAAUGUUGUUUUUUUUCUACCGUACCUACAUAUAGACAAACUACGUAUACUCUUACCUACUUGUUGAAACUAUUUGUGCGUAUGUACGUAUGUCUGUCUGUCUGUCUGUGUACCUCUACCUACCGUAAAAUGAUACUUUGCAUACGUAAGCAACCCUAUAGACUUACGUACUUAUGCACAAAAAUGCGUUAAUGUGUAAAUGACGUUUGGAUUCGUGCGCCGCGCAAUAAGGAACAAACUAGCAAACCAAAACUACUCGUAGGUAUGAGAAAUUGAGAAUACUAUUGAGAAAGAACGAAACGAAAAGUAGGUAGAGUUACCACCUAUCGCUAUCGAAAAUGGCAAAUUGGUAAAAUAGGUACUACGAGUAGUACGAGUAGAUAGCAACGAAUAAAAGAAUAGGUAAUAUUACCGAAGAGAAAAGGGGAGAGAGGUAACUUGUGUAAGCGUGUGAAAGUGAAAAUGAAUGGAAAGAGGGAAGGGAGAGCGGAGGGUGAUGCCCGAGUCAGCCAAUACCUUCAAAGGCAAAAGGCAAUAGGCAUUCGGCGUGUUUAAAUUAAUAAUGUAACUUUUAUGUACUUACGUGUAUUAUUUUGAUUAUAAAAUGUAUUUACUUAGGUACCUCUAGUUGUAUAAGUAUUAUUAUUCAUUAUCGAAGUACAUAUACCUGUGUAUAGGUAUACUGUAGGUAUUAUAAAUUUAUGUACCUAUUUUUCUUUUUUGUUGAUUGAAUUUGAGAUUUUGUAUUAAAAUUUUAUAUCGAAUAAGUAAUUGUUGUAAUUUUCAGUUCGAAUUGAUGUAAUUUUGAAGAUUCUGAAAAAUUCCUAUCAUUUCCUUUUUGAAAAAAAAAAUAUAUAAAUUGUGUAUUAUGUGUUA